AUGGCCGGGACGCUGAUCAUCUAUGUAUUCGGGCUGUUCUUUCUUGGUGUGCAGACACGAGGUGCUGAUGUUGCCAAACGCUUGAUUCCUGUGACAAAGUGCUACGGGGAGCUCGGAUGCCUCAGCACGGGGGGCGCAUUCUAUGACCUCAGUUCUCGGCCCCUGCAGCUCCUACCGCAGGAGAGGAACGACAUCGACACCGUAUUUCUGGUGUACAACAGAAACACUGGUGGAAGAAUGGAACUCCUGAACCCAAGGUUACCAGCCGGGAUCAGCCUUACGCGAUUUGACCCAAGUUUGGAGACCAAAGUUAUCAUUCAUGGAUUUUUGGAUAGUUCAAGGGCAAUGUGGGUUAAUCAAACCGCCAAUGAGUUCCUGCGGAAGUCAGACGUGAAUGUGAUCCUCGUUGACUGGGAGAAAGGAGGUGCCUUCCCAUACCACCAGGCAACAGCCAACACGCGCUUGGUCGGACUUGAGCUGGCGCAGCUUAUCACUGUCCUGGGGAAUGCGACUGGUGUUCAACCUGAUAGCUUUCAUCUGAUCGGGUCGGGCCUUGGUGCUCAUCUUGCUAGCUACACGGGCAACACGCUCUACGGAAGGCUCAAACGUAUUACUGGGCUUGAUCCGGCCGGACCAUACUUCGAGGGCACUGACAUCGCCGUCCGCCUGGACCCCAGUGAUGCACAGUUUGUGGAUGUCAUCCAUACAGAUGCCGAUAGCUUGCUUGGAGCAGUCACAGGAAAUGGUGGCAUGGGUAUGAAUCAGCCUUGCGGGCACGUCGACUUCUAUCCCAAUGGCGGUCAGGAACAGCCAGGGUGUGAUAACAGCAUCAUCGAUAAUAUCAUAGUUCAUGGUCUGUUUGAAAGCGGUAAGCAAUAUGUGGCAUGCUCCCACAUCAGAGCUCACGAUUUGUUUAUGGAUUCCAUCAACACCCAAUGCCCAUACACCUCAUACAGAUGCGACUCUUAUGAAAAUUUCAAGACUGGUAAAUGCUUCAGUUGCCUGUCCGAUAGCUGUUCCAGUAUGGGAAUGAAAGCUGGGGAGACAAAACGUCCGGGGACGGGUGUCAAAUAUUUUUUGGAGACUGCCGGAUCAGCCCCAUUCUGCGGUACGGAGUUCACAGUACACUUCCGCAAUGAACAAUAG